CUGACAUACAUAGGCUGCAUACAGACAGACACAUACUAUAUGAUCCUCACUGCGUGAUAAGGAAAUGGAGUUAAAAUAGGCUCACUAAUUUACCUUAUGGACUAAAUGCAGUGACUGUCGCUUUGGAUUUGAGAACUUCAUGCUCAGACACUCAGGAGAGAAAAUGUGGAGAUACACGAACUUGUUCGCCUGCCUGCUGGUUUUGUGUAAGGAUGCGUCUUCACAGAACAAGAUCUUUGGGGAGACUGAGCCUGUUCGGAUGACGUCAGAGGGCUCAGACUGCCGCUGUAAGUGCAUCAUGCGCCCUCUAAGUAAAGAUGCCUGCCAGCGGCUGCGGAGCGGCAGUGUACGUGUGGAGGACUUCUACACAGUGGAGACAGUCAGCUCCGGAUCUGACUGUAAGUGCUCGUGCACGGCCCCGCCAUCCUCCCUCAACCCCUGUGAGAAUGAGUGGAAGAUGGAGAAGCUGAAGAAACAGGCCCCCGAGUUACUAAAGCUCCAAUCUAUGGUGGACCUCCUGGAGGGAACGCUUUACAGCAUGGAUCUCAUGAAAGUCCACUCCUACAUCAACAAGGUGGUGUCUCAAAUGAACACCCUAGAAGAGACAAUCAAGACAAACCUUACACGGGACAAUGAAUUUGUCCGAGACAGCAUGGUGAGCCUCACCAACCAGUUUAAGAGAUAUGACAACUACACCAACGUUAUGAUGAGCAUCAAGAAGGAGAUCUCCAGCCUCAGCCUGCAGCUGCUACAGAAAGACUCAUCUGAGAGAAAAGCACAGCACACUAAUGAAGAGAAAACCAAGGAGGCUAUAAAACUACCCAACAAGAAGACCACUGCAGCCAAACUUUCACCCAAACCACCCAAAGAAAAGGUUGUAAAGCCCAAGAAAGAGGUCAUUAAACCUGGGAAGCCGGCCAAGCCUGACCCUACAGCCAAAGCCAAGGUGGUUGGCCACCAGCCUGGCGUGGUGAGGGGCAUCACAUACUACAAGGCUGCCAAGACCGAUGAGGACGAGCACAGAGGAGACCAUCCUGCCAAAGUAUACACAGUCCAUCACAUCACAGAAAACCAGUCAAAGAAUGGAGGAGCUGAAAUGAUCCUGGAAACCAUGGAGGCCACUGUGGCUGAACGCAUUGCAUCCACUGCUGUUCCCACAACUACAACUACUACCACCACCACAACUGCUGCCACCACAACUACUGCCACUACUACACCCACUACUAUCAUCACACAAAGUACAACAACAUCUGAGAGACCAGCUCCGACCAUUGUGCUGGUGCUGGACAACUCCAACAACAACAGUCGGCCCACUCUCCACAGAGCAGGGAAGAUCCUAUACUGUGAAGGGACUCUAGCAUCCAUUGACCAGCCAGAGAAGCAGCACAGUUAUGGGCGCAAUGAGGGAGCCUGGAUGAAGGAUCCCCUGGCUAAAGACUCCAAAAUCUACGUCACAAACUAUUACUAUGGCAACAACUUGGUGGAGUUCCGCAAUGUGGACAACUUCAAGCAAGGUCGAUGGAGUAACCUCUUCAAACUGCCUUACAACUGGAUAGGCACAGGCCACGUGGUUUAUAAUGGAGCCUUCUACUACAACAGAGCCUUCACCAAGAACAUCAUCAAGUAUGAUCUGAGGAUGCGAUAUGUGGCGGCGUGGACACUGCUGCAUGACGUGGUUUACGAGGACACUACCCCCUGGAAAUGGAGGGGCCACUCGGACAUUGACUUUGCAGUGGAUGAAAGCGGCUUGUGGGUGAUCUACCCUUCCGUGGACUACGACUACAACCAGCAAGAGGUGAUUGUCAUCAGUAAACUGGAUCCCGGAGACCUGUCCUUGAAAAAGGAAACAACCUGGAGGACAGGUCUCAAGCGGAACUCCUACGGAAACUGCUUCAUCAUCUGUGGUGUCUUGUACGCCGUCAAUGUGUACAACCAAAAGGAAGGUGAGGUCAAUUAUGCUUAUGACACUCACACCAACACUGAAGCCAUCCCACGCCUGUCCUUCACCAAUGAGUACUCCUUCACCACCCAGAUUGACUACAACCCCAAGGAGAAAGUUUUGUAUGCCUGGGACAAUGGCCAUCAGCUCACAUAUCGAGUAAACUUUGUUGAGCAGUGAGCACAGCCAGUUUAUAAUAGAAAGAUGCUCAGUAUUUGACAGCAUAGAAGCAGCCAUAUUGGACUCAGGACAAAGGAUGAACCUACACCAGCCUUCCAGUACCAAUGCACGCCAUUCAAACACCUGACCUCAAAGUGUACCAAACAUACAUGCCUCAGAAUUGUAUUUGGAUGUAAACGUACAUUAUGUCAAUAGAAUGGACAACGAACAGUGAAAAUAAUCUCACAGGUUGAGUUAAAGCUCAUUAGGCAGAUCUUAUGCAAACAUAGAUAUUUCUUUAUAUGUUCAUUUAUGAAAUGUCAGCAGGCUGGCUAACUAGCUGACAAAUAGAUAGCUAUAAAUGGUUAGUUUAAAAUGGGCAUAGCAUGCAUUACAUCGUGUGUCGAGGUGGAUUUUGAUUCCAAUUUCUUACAGCAGAGUCACUAAGCGAAAACUAUAGACAGCAGGAAUCAUAACCGUGACCAACAACUUUAAACGUACAUUUGGGCACAUCAGCCCAUCAGUUUUCAAAUCACUGAUGUGCCCAAAUGUACGUUUAAUGUUGUUGGUCACGGUUAUGAUUCCUGCUGUCUAUAGUUUCAUCAAAACAGACAUAAAUAUUUAAUAGUUUUCAAAAUUGCUACCAAGAUGCAUAUUAAAGAAGUGAAAUAACCAGAGUCAUUGAGAGUAUAUCGUCCUGGGGAAAGAGAGGAGAGUUAAUUCGGAGACACUUACAGUAUGUCAAGAAAUUGUAAGUGCAAAUGCUCUUUAAGGAAGCAUCCAUGCAGCAACGAUCUCCCCUGAAAUAAACACCUAAAUGGACUCUAAAUCUUAGGGAAGUCAAUGGUAUGAAACCUUAUAACCUACAUUUGGGCUGUUGGGCAGCAGCAAAUCGUCUUGGCAGUUCUGACCUUCAAGGAAAGGAGAGUCCAAAAUGGAGGAAGCGAUCUAACUUAUUAGCACAAAAUAGGCAUGGAUUUUAGACAGUUAUUUGACAAGAGUCGAUAGUAUCUCUCUUGAAUUUAUUGGUCUGUUAGUAACUAAGAGCUGUUGUGACCAUGAUUGUGACCAUGAUUGUGAUUGUCUUCAUAGCAAGUUAGACAGCAAAUACUGUAUCUUGCCAGCAACAGAGUCCUGCGAGUAGUCACUAUGUCAUCAAGGCUCUAGCAUUGCUGAUUCCAUGAGGACAUGUGGAUGAAUGUCCCUGUGCCACUUUCAGGUGUGUUUGGGCCUUAAUAGCGUGUCAGAUUGUAAUGGCUGCAGUGUACAUCUGCAUGAAUAUGAUUGAAUAUUAUUAGUCAUAUGGCAGCCAAUAAGCUGAUGAAUAGGGUAGUGAUGGUGAAGCAUUAAUGAAACAGCUAAUGCCGAUCAGCUAAUGCGAGUGUGACUUCAGUGCCCAACCUCAACGCUGUGCUUUAUUUUUUUUAUUUUUUUUAUUUUUUUAUUUUUUUAUCGAAGCUAGAAUCUAGUCGGAUGAAAUGCAGUGUAAGAAAUGAGCAUUUACCUUCAGUAUUCAGUUGUUUUUCUGUCACUUGGUUUGAACUUUAAAGUUUUAAGUUAAGAUAACCUAACUCACUAGCUAACGUAGCACCACUAUCAGGUUUCCUAACUUUAUUUUUUGCCUUUAAAGUAGGCAUCAAAUGUUUCUACACAGCUAGUGAUCCAGCUCUCCACUCCCCAACUUUUAACUCAACCAAUGAGAUUAUUUCUGCCUCCAGAGUAGUUCUCCAUCUGAGAUAUCAACUAUUUUUUCACUUGCCCAUCUACUCCAUCCGAUCACAAAGCACUGAUCAUGAAUCUGCUUUGAUUAUUAUUCCGGCCUCAUGAGGCUUCCUGUCUCUUUACCAUUGAUGUUGUUUUGAGGGAUGUGUUGAAUAUAAUAUGAACUCCAAAAACAAGACGGUGUACACAUGUUUCUAAGCUUAAGAUUGUUUUAUAUUUACAUGAAUUAUUUUGGCAAUAUGAUAAAACUCUUUUUUUAUUUCCAUUUAUCUUGUUGAAUUUUUAUGUUUUUGUAUUAACAUAUGCAGCUUUCAUCAUUGUUAAUAGCAUUUGCAUAACCACUACAUUUGUUUUAAUUACUGAAUAUUUUACAUUUUCAUCUCAAUGGAAAUUUAUAACCGUGAUCAGUCAUGCUAAUUCAAAAGGUGCACUGUACCAUUAGCUGCCCCAUCUUCAAUAAUAGACACCAUAAACCAUAAAUGUUUUUAUUUUUGACAAUGACUUACAGUACUGUGUGAGGCACAUAAUAGGAAUGGUAAGAUUUAAGUCACAUGAGGUAACUCUUACUGCAUAAAUAGUGUGGUCUUGUACAGGAUUAAUGAUUCACAACCAAAGUAUUUAGAUUGUUCUUGAAUUAUCAGGAGUGCUUUGUUAAAAAUAUUCAUAAAAAGGCAUGCUGAUUGCAAUAAAGUCAUUUGUUCAAUUGCAA